AGCAGCUUCUCACUUUCUUGCAGAAAAACGAAAGAGAGAGAGAGAGAGAGGGAGAGAGAAUAAAAUGGGUGUUCAUCUUCUUUUAGCUUCACCAUUUCUUAGGCUCUUUCUCUUCUCUUUCGUAAUGUGUCUCAUGCAUCAGCAUGCUCUUGCAGGCAUAACCAAGCACUACAAGUUUGAAAUCAAACAACAGAAGGUGACAAGACUCUGCCACACAAAAAGCAUAGUAACAGUGAAUGGGCAGUUUCCUGGGCCGAAAAUCAUUGCUAGAGAGGGUGAUCAACUCCUAAUUAAAGUCGUUAACCAUGUCCAAAACAACAUCUCUAUCCACUGGCACGGCAUUCGACAGCUUCAAUCGGGGUGGGCUGAUGGUCCGGCAUAUGUGACCCAAUGUCCCAUACAAACAGGCAAUAGUUAUGUCUACAACUUCACCAUUACUGGCCAAAGAGGCACUCUUUUUUGGCAUGCUCACAUUUCAUGGCUCAGAUCAACUGUUUAUGGGCCCUUAAUCAUACUUCCCAAGCACAGUGUUCCGUACCCUUUCACUAAACCUUACAAGGAGGUUCCAAUUAUUUUUGGUGAGUGGUGGAAUGCAGAUCCUGAAGCCAUAAUUAGCCAGGCCUUGCAAACAGGUGGAGGGCCGAAUGUCUCUGAUGCUUAUACCAUUAACGGAUUCCCGGGGCCCUUAUACAAUUGUUCUGCCAAAGAUGCAUUCAAGCUGAAGGUUCAACCUGGCAAGACCUAUCUUCUCCGGCUUAUCAACGCAGCACUCAAUGACGAGCUUUUCUUCAGCAUUGCAAAUCACACUCUCAAAGUAGUAGAAGCCGAUGCCAUUUAUGUCAAACCCUUUGAGACUCGCACAAUUCUCAUUGCCCCCGGCCAAACCACAAAUGUUCUUCUGAAGACCAAACCCAACUUCCCUAAUGCCACAUUUUUCAUGACUGCUAGGCCAUUUGUGACUGGUCAAGGCACAUUUGACAACACCACAGUUGCUGGCAUUCUAGAGUACGAUUCGCCAUCUAAAACCAAAACCCUAAACACGAAGAGACUUCCGCUGUUGAAACCCAACCUCCCCGCCCUAAACGACACAUCAUUCGCAACCAAAUUCGCCAACAAACUUCGUAGUUUAAACACCCCACAAUUCCCAGCUAAUGUCCCUCAAAAAGUUGAUAAGCACUUUUUCUUCACCAUAGGCCUUGGAACCAACCCUUGUAGCCAAAACAACCAAAGAUGCCAAGGACCCAAUGGGACAAUGUUUGCAGCCUCAGUUAACAACAUUUCUUUUGCAAUGCCAAACACUGCCUUGCUACAAUCCCAUUUUUCUGGCCAGUCAAGUGGGGUCUACACUCCUGACUUCCCAACCAAUCCCAUAACGCCAUUUAACUAUACUGGCCCCCCACCAAAUGAUACCAUGGUGAGCAAUGGGACAAAGCUGAUGGUGCUGCCAUUUAAUUCUAGGGUGGAGCUGGUGAUGCAGGACACUAGCAUUCUUGGUGCUGAGAGCCAUCCUCUGCACCUUCAUGGGUUCAAUUUCUUUGUUGUGGGUCAAGGAUUCGGGAACUUUGACCCGAAUAAGGACCCUAAAAAGUUCAAUCUGGUUGACCCUGUUGAGAGGAACACUGUGGGUGUGCCCUCUGGUGGGUGGGUUGCUAUCCGCUUUCUGGCUGAUAAUCCAGGAGUAUGGUUUAUGCAUUGCCACCUGGAGAUCCACACAAGCUGGGGCUUGAAGAUGGGUUGGGUAGUCUUGGAUGGCAAGCUUCCCAAUCAAAAACUGCUCCCUCCCCCUGCAGAUCUUCCCAAAUGCUGAUGAUCUUUUCAAUCCAUUACUUCUGACCAUAACUUGUCCAAAGAAUUUCCUGACCCAUUAAUAUUAGUUUAUUCUUUGGCACCUUUUGGAUUUUAAUUAAUUUGCCAAAUUAAAUUGUUUUGAGUGUGA